AUGCAAUUUCUUCUUCCAUUAUUAGCCUUUGGAUGGGUUGCGAAAUCUGCUGUCGUCUUGUCCCAGGGGAAUCAUUCAACCGAAAUCAACGCUCGUGGCACGGCCGGAUAUCGUUCCGUUGCUUAUUUUGCCAACUGGGCGAUCUAUGGACGCAACUUUAGCCCGCAGGACCUUCCAGCGGAGAAGCUAACGCAUGUUUUGUACGCGUUUGCCAAUGUCCAUGCAGACACUGGAGAGGUGUAUCUGUCAGACCCUUGGGCGGAUAUUGAAAAACAUUAUCCUGGUGAUUCCUGGAGUGACACCGGCACUGACGUCUACGGAUGUGUCAAGCAACUUUUUUUGCUUAAACAAAAAAACCGAAAGCUGAAAGUUCUUCUGUCAAUUGGCGGUUGGACCUACUCGGGCAACUUCGCCACUCCGUUGGGCACGGCCUCUGGUAGAGCAACAUUUGCUACAUCUGCAACGACCCUGGUCAAGAAUCUUGGCUUCGACGGAGUUGACAUUGAUUGGGAGUACCCUGCCGAUAGCACCCAGGCUGACAACAUGGUCUCCACCCUGCAACAAAUGCGCUCGUCUUUGGAUUCGUACAGUGCAACCAGUGCAAAUAACUACCAUUUCUUGAUAACCGUUGCAUGCCCUGCUGGCCCAACAAACUACCAGAAGCUGCAUCUCUUCCAAAUGGACCAGUAUCUGGACUUUUGGAAUCUCAUGGCUUAUGAUUAUUCUGGAAGCUGGGAUGCUGUGGCCGGCCACAAUGCGAACCUAUACGCGUCAACUAGCAACUUAAACGAUACCCCCUUCAGUACGGAACAAGCAAUUCGCUACUACACCUCCAACGGCGUUCCAGCAAACAAGAUUGUCUUGGGGAUGCCCCUGUAUGGUCGCUCAUUCAUGAAUACUCGUGGCCCUGGUACUAGCUACAAUGGGGUUGGGAGUGGCACCUGGGAGAAUGGUGUGUGGGACUACAAAGCAUUACCAUUGCCUGGUGCAUCUGUGAACUAUCUCAGCCAGCCUGUUGCAAGCUACAGCUAUGAUUCGUUGCAACGAAUGAUGAUUAGCUACGACACUCCCCAGGUUGCGCAGGUGAAGGCAGGAUACAUUCAGUCCAAGGGUCUCGGUGGUGGAAUGUGGUGGGAAAGCAGCAGCGACAAGAAUGGGUCAGAUAGCUUGAUUACUACGGUUGUCAAUUCAUUUGGCGGUACUGAUGCUCUCGACCAGAGCCAGAAUGAGCUGAGCUACCCGGAGUCCUCGUAUGAUAACCUGAAACGCGGUUUUCCAUUCGACUAA